CCUGUAAAUGUGCAAACUAAGGAGCGUCUUCAGUUACCAUCUGUCUCUGCACACACAUUAGUCUGCCUGGUUUAUUUUUGGACCCAUAACUACCCCCUACCAGCCUGUGAAAUACUGGGAGUGGCUAAGACUUUUCCCUCCCGUUACGCCUGUACACCCUUUUUAACUGUCAGGGGAUCACGUCUACACAACAGGUUACCCCUUUUUCCUUGUUUUUUGUUUUUGUACCACAUUGAAACAAUGGAUGAUAGUCCACUGCAAGUUCUGACUCUACCCACAGCCCCUUACCCAGACCAGAGACCAGGUACUAGUGGUCUGAGAAAGAAGGUGUUCGUCUUCCAGUCCAAAAGGAACUACCUUCAGAACUUCGUCCAGAGUAUAUAUUCCUCCAUCGAUCUGCUAGACCGCCAGGGGUCCACAAUGGUAGUUGGGGGAGAUGGACGCUACUUCAAUCAAACAGCCAUCGAGAUCAUUGUUCAGAUGGCAGCUGCGAACGGGGUUGGACGGCUCGUGAUUGGUCAUCAUGGGAUCAUGUCCACGCCAGCGGUUUCCUGUGUGAUCAGAAAGUACAAGGCCAUCGGCGGUAUCGUCCUCACAGCCAGUCACAACCCUGGGGGACGCGAAGGAGACUUUGGCAUCAAGUUCAACACUGCUAAUGGAGGCCCAGCCCAGGAUGCGGUCACCAACAGAAUCUUCCAGAUCAGCAGAACCAUAGAGGAGUAUGCCAUCUGCCCAGAGCUCCGGGUAGACUUGGCUACCCUGAGCAAACAGAAGUUUGACCUGGAGAACAAGUUCAAACCCUUCACAGUGGAGAUAGUGGACUCGGUAGAGUCUUAUGCCAACAUGCUAAGGAACAUCUUUGACUUUGCUGCACUGAAGGAGCUGCUGUCUGGGGAGAACCACAUCAAGAUCCAGCUAGAUGCCAUGCAUGGAGUGAUGGGUCCCUAUGUGAAGAGGAUACUGUGUGAGGAGCUAGGCUCCCCUGCGAACUCUGCCAUUAACUGUGUCCCCCUGCAAGACUUUGGGGGCCAGCACCCUGAUCCCAACCUCACCUACGCAGCCGACCUGGUUGAGACCAUGAGGGGUGGCCAGUACGAUUUUGGAGCUGCCUUUGAUGGUGACGGUGACCGUAACAUGAUUCUGGGUAAGCAUGGCUUUUUCGUCAACCCCUCGGACUCGGUGGCUGUCAUCGCUGCCAAUGUCUUCAGCAUCCCCUACUUUCAGCACACAGGGGUGAGAGGCUAUGCCCGCAGCAUGCCCACCAGCGCUGCCCUGGACAAUGUGGCCAGGGCAACAAAGAUUGAACUUUACGAGACCCCCACGGGGUGGAAGUUCUUUGGCAACCUGAUGGACGCAGGCAAGCUGUCACUGUGCGGAGAAGAGAGUUUCGGCACAGGUGCUGACCAUAUCCGUGAGAAGGAUGGACUUUGGGCCGUGCUGGCAUGGCUGUCAAUCCUGGCAACGAGGAAACAGAGUGUGGAGGAUAUCAUAAAGGACCACUGGCAGACGUUUGGCAGGAACUUCUUUACCAAGUAUGACUAUGAGGAAGUCGACCUGGAUGCAGCCAUUCAGAUGAUGGAGGAUCUGGAGCUGAUGAUACUGGAGAAGGCCUUUAUGGGCCAGAGGUUCGCUGUGGGGGAGAAGCUCUACCAGGUGGAGAAGGCAGACAACUUUGAAUACACUGAUCCCGUAGACGGGCGCAUCUGCAGAAACCAAGGCCUGAGGAUAAUAUUCACAGAUGGCUCCCGGAUCAUCUACAGGCUCAGUGGAACAGGGAGUAUGGGGGCAACAGUUCGGGUCUACAUCGACAGCUAUGAGAAAGACCCUGACAAGAUCUUCCGAGACCCACAGGUGAUGCUGGCACCCCUGGUUACCAUAGCCCUGAAGGUUUCACAGCUUCAUGAGAGGACAGGCCGCAGUGGCCCAUCAGUCAUCACAUGAUCGUCCAUUACCACCCCUGCCCCUCCUAAUAAAAGCUUCAAACUACACUGUAUAUCCCCCAUCCUACCUUCACUGAGAUGGUCAUUUAACCCUUCAUCCAAAGCAUCUUUGUGCGAUUUUGUACUUUCAGAUCAACCCCAACUAUCACCACUCAGCUUCUUAUUCAUUGAGAAAGAGUGAACUGUACCAAAAAUAAAACAUUCUCAACUUCGUA